CCAGAAAUUCUCGUUGCCCUUCAGCAAAAUUCUAACUCACCAUGGGUAUGAAAGGCCAAUCGCGACCUCCGCCCAAUGCUGGCACGGAGGUCAAAACCAAGAACAAGCUGCGCCGGAAGAUGCUGCACAUCAAGCGCAAGAGAACCAAGGAUGCGGAGCGGCGCGAGGAGCGCUAUGCUUUCAAGAAGGAAGAAGCCAAGAACCCUAAGCUGAGGGAAGAGCGUUUGCGUCGCAACAUCCCUCUGACCCUGGAGCGAAAGCGUGUCUGGGAUGAAGCCGAUAAUGAUGCCGAGGAGGAUGGCCUGGGAUUGAGUGUCGACAUUGAGCGUAUCAAGCGAGCCAAGAAGGAAGAAGAGGACGAGUUGAAUCGGCCAUUGGAAGAGGGCGAGGACGACAGCGAUGCUGCGGAUUCCGAUAACGAGUCUAUUGACAGUAUGAUCGCAACGAGCGACGAGGAUGACGAUGAGGACGAUGAGGACGACGACGAAGCGGAAGACUCGAGCCGUGGACGGAAAAAGUCAUCGCUACCCACUGCCACCGAACGUGCGACCAGUCCUUCACAAUCCACUCGCAGUACAAAUUUGAGCCUUGCCCCAGAAGCUUUGGCCGCCAAAUUCCCCUCGCUCUUCUCAACCGAAACUCCUCCCGCUCCCAAAAUCCUCAUCACGACUGCUAUCAACUCAACCCUCCACGAUGAAGCCGAUAUCCUCACAGACCUGUUCCCGAACAGUGUAUACAUCCGCCGCACGGCACACCGCUACUCGCACAAGUUCUCCAUUCGUGAGAUCUCCAAGUUCGCCGCGAACCGCAACUUCACUACCGUGGUAGUCCUGCAAGAGGACCAGAAGAAGCCAAGCGGCUUGGUCGUCGUGCACCUGCCCAUUGGUCCGACCUUCCACUUCAGCAUCAGCAACUGGGUUGAGGGCAAGAGACUUCCCGGCCACGGUCGAGCAACUGGCCACUGGCCCGAGUUGAUCCUGAACAACUUCCGCACGCCGCUGGGUCUCCUCACUGCACGCAUGUUCCAGCAGUGCUUCCCGCCCCAGCCAGACUUUGAGGGUCGGCAGGUCGUCACCCUGCACAACCAGCGUGAUUAUAUUUUCGUGCGCCGUCAUCGAUAUGUCUUCCGUGAGAAGCGAGAGACGGAAAAGGCGGUUGUUGGUGCGGAUGGCAAAGAGAUGGAGGGUGCAGAGGGUAUUCGGACUGGUCUGCAGGAGCUAGGCCCCCGAUUUACCUUGAAGCUGCGCCGUGUGGAUAAGGGUAUUCAACGAGCCAGCGGGCAGGAGUGGGAAUGGAAGGGUGGAAUGGAGAAGGAGCGGACCAAGUUCCAGCUGUAAGCAGCUAUGGGGCUUGCGGUCUUCUGCAUUUCUUUCUUUCUGGAUCAUUUUUGUUUCCUUUCGCAUGGGGUUUGGGGAGUAUCCAAAAGCAUGGUUUUUGUUAUUAUUUGCUGGCAUAUACCCUACAUAUGCCGAAUGAAUAUAGAUACCUCGCUCGAGGUUUGAUUCUUUUGUCAAUCGUGGCUUGGAUAUAUAAUACUCUGUCAAUUGAAGAUAAGAUUUCCAGCUUGGAACAUCAUGCGCAAGUCUUAAUCUCAGCUCGAUGCAUCUUUUCGAGUCUGGUUUUACUAUGUCGAGGCGCCUACAAUUACG